AUGAAUCCAACAGAGUACAUUGGAGCUUUGAUUUCCGUGGAUAUGAAAAAUGGCGACGUUCUGCAAGGCAGAGUGGCCGAUAUUGUACUUGGCAAAGCUAUCGUGCUUAAAGAUCCAUUUGAGUAAGUUUUGUUAUGGUUUUUUUGUGUUUAGGUUUAUAUAUUGGCUAAUAGAAUGAAGAAUGUUUUGUUAUGAUUUGACAUCGUUUUGUGAAGGUUUUAAAAUGUCAUGGGAUGUAUUAUAUUAUACACGACAUUAGUUUUAAUUUUUUAGGAUUUUUGGAUAACAGUUAGUGGAUUUUAGAAAAUUUUGGAUUUAAAAGCUCAAUAAUAGACUGAUAAAUGUUUUUUAAUGUUUUUAGGGGUACCAGGGUUCUAUUUAGUCCUUACGUGCAGUAUUAUAUUAACCUUGAUAUUUCUCGAAUUUUUUGUAUUUUUCACGAAUGUUUUGACGUUUUUUCGUUUGAAACAGUAAUAUAUUUAUAGAAAUGGCAAAAAAAGCAAAGAGCCAACAAUAGAAAUUGACUCACUUGAUAUUGAGAGCUUAAAAAUAGUUGAAAAUGCUCAGCAACCUCCGAAGAAGGAGAAGAAGUCCAAGAAGAGUAAGGACAAAUCGUCAGUGGCGGCGUUGAUCCAAAACAAACCAGAAUCUCAGAAGCAGGCCAAAGUUACCAUUUUGAAGCGAGGAGCGGCGAAACAAAAUGAUUAUGGACUUUCGGCCGAAAUGAGUGCUUCAUGUGUGGUUUCAGAGGUGGUACAGGCAGUUGAGCCUAAAAAAGGGCCUGUCAUCCCUGUGGAAAUGAUUCCUGGUGAGAUUGAGAUGUCGUUUUUUCGAAAAAAGGAUAUUUUUGUAACUUCAAGAACUUUAUUUCCAACUUUUUUAAAUUUCUAACCAUAAACCUUUUUAGCCUCAGUUCUAAAUGGCAAAAAGUCUAACAAAUCGGUGUUGACCAAGCUUUUCCUGAAUAAAAACGAAACCCAAACCACUUCCGAUAGACACUUCGAGACAAUCAUGCAAAAAGUGUCUACAAGUUCACUAGAAUCGAAAGUAACUUCAGAUGCCAACAAAUCCAGUGGCAGCGAGAAUGCGGCCGAUCAAACCGAAGCGGCUAAGAAUAUAAUCAACCAGUUGAUGAUCGCACACGCAAAACCAUCAACUGAUAAGGAGGUUUUCAGAAAGUUUGGCGAUUUUAAGCAAUUUACUGAAAAACAAAAGCCCGAGUUUUCGGUGAGUGCCGUUUUUAUUCGAUUGAGUUUUAGGUUAGAAAAAGUGGAAAUAUGGAAGUUUUUAAGCGUUUCGAGGUAGUAUUAAACCAAAAAACUAAUUUUUAGAUUAAGUACAAUAUUUUUUACAUCAAAAAUGGUGUUAACAUCGUUUUUUUUCAGAAAUCAGCCUCCGAACGCAACAAUAACAAGAAGAACAAAGGACCCUCGGGCAAUCCGGCCAGGGACCAGGAAAAUGGCUACAAAAGCCGCGGCCGAAACCGCGAUUUGGCCGACAGUAUUAACCUUGAUGAUCUCAAUGAGGACUUCGAUUUUACCAAGAAUUUGGCGCUCUUCGAUAAAGAUGUGAGUUGAUGUUGGGUUUCAAAUGAUUUUUAUAUUGUACUUGGCUGUUUUUAGUUAGGUAAAGCUUUAAAAUGAUCUUUAUACUGUACUUUGCUUUUUGGGCUGUGCUAGACUUAAAGGCUAUACAUAGCUCAAUAGGCUUAAAAAUGUUAUAGUACCUACACAAUCUAAUCUUUUCAAAUUUUCAGCGUGAAUCCAAAGCCGACGACUACGAAGACCCAACCGUGGAACGGCCUGCUUCACGUCGCAACUACCGCCACGAUGAGAACAUAAUCGAGGACCCAACACGAUGCACCUCAUGGGUCCCAAAGCAUCAGAAGAACAAACCCACGAUGGUUGUUCAACCAGAAACCCUACCUCACAGUAUUGGCGGCAAAUCACCGUUCAGCUCACGUUUUCACCCCAAAAGCACGGUGGAAAGCGAGAACGGCGCCGUUCUCCCCGUUCUGAGUCGUGAAGAAAAGCGAGGUUACCUCAGUUCGGCCCAAAAACUCUUCAACGAUGUCAUAUACAAUCUCACGUUAGCGGACCGAUUCACAGAAUACGGCAUGGACGUGAUGCAUCGCUUCGACGUGAACACCAAAAAAGUCAUUGUGAUUGCGGGAAAAGCGGCCGACGUGGUGAUGCUACAUCGAAUCUGUCAACAUCUACUCAAUCGCAACAUGAAAGUCGUCAUUUAUCAGCCUCCGGACAUUCCAGGCGACAUCCUCAGCAAAGUUACAGUAGCCCACGACCCAUUGCAACUCCCAACUCAAGCACAACUUGUCUACGUGCUAGAGCCAAGAGUAUUCCAUGAAGAUCGCGAGGUUCGACGGUGGAUCAUGACUGUUGGACAUUCGGAAGGCGCGAGUAGAGCGGCCAGAAUCGUUGCCUUGGAUUUGAGGAUCUUCGGAUUGAAGUACAUGCACACUAUGAUGGUUGGUGUGGCGGAUGAGUCGGUGAGUUGGGGGAUGGGAUUUUUUGGGGUAGGGUAGUGGGUAUGAGGGUAGGGGUAGUUUAAACGUGAAAAUGAAGAUUUUUAAGCAGGAAGGGGGUGGUUUAAAAGCAAAAAUGAAGUUUUUUAUGGAUUUUGAUAAAAACCAGGUUUGCCGAGCUGCGUCCCUUGUUACGCAGCCUGCAGGAUUAAGUUUUUGAGCUGGAAUGGGUUUGUAAGAGAUUUUGCAUUAGAAACGAGGAUUUUUAAAAAUUUUUAUUAAAAAUGAAAUUUUUUUGAAAUUUAAAAAUUUUUUUUGAAAUAUUUUACUUUCAGAUCUACCAAAGCCCCAACCGCGCCCGUCACAGCUCCAACGAGCUGAAGCUGUUCGAGUGCUGUGUAGCCGACUUGGGCACUCCGUACGAAUGGAUUCAAGACCCCAGAAUCCGCCCUCAAGACGCUUUCAAAAGGGUUACUUUGCUCGUUUACUAA